UCUGCUGCAAUGCUAGCCUUUCACUCAGAAAUGGAUUAAUUGUCUUCUCAAAAUGUCCCGUUUCUUAACUUGGGAAUAAUGAGAUCUCUCCUGAAGAUGUUUCCACAAUCAGGAAAAUCAAUUGUCUUUGACAAUUUUCCGGAUCCCACUGACACUUGGGAAAUCAUUGAGACAAUCGGAAAAGGAACCUACGGGAAAGUCUACAAGGUACUGAACAAAAAGGAUGGAAGUAAAGCAGCCGUGAAGAUACUGGAUCCCAUUCAUGAUAUAGAUGAGGAGAUUGAGGCAGAAUACAACAUCCUCAAAGCUCUCUCCGACCACGCGAAUGUUGUCAAGUUUUAUGGGAUGUUCUACAAGAAGGAUCUGAAAUGUGGGGAUCAGUUGUGGCUUGUACUGGAGCUCUGCAAUGGUGGCUCUGUGACAGACCUGGCCAAAGGCAUGCUAAAAAGAGGAGAGAGAAUGGAAGAAGCCAUUAUUGCCUUUAUUCUACAUGAAGCUCUGAUGGGGUUGCAGCACCUGCAUAUCAACAAAACCAUCCACAGGGAUGUCAAAGGCAAUAACAUCCUGCUGACAACGCAUGGAGGGAUCAAACUCGUGGACUUUGGUGUUUCAGCCCAGCUGACAAAUACCCGUCUGAGGAGAAACACCUCAGUAGGAACUCCCUUCUGGAUGGCUCCCGAGGUCAUAGCUUGUGAGCAGCAGCUGGACUCAACUUACGACGCUCGGUGUGAUGUCUGGUCCUUGGGCAUCACUGCUAUAGAGUUGGGAGAUGGAGACCCCCCUCUUUCUGACCUCCACCCAAUGAGAGCCCUUUUUAAAAUCCCUAGAAACCCCCCGCCUACUCUCCACCAGCCGGAGCUCUGGUCAGAUGACUUUAAUGACUUUAUCUGCAAAUGUCUGAUAAAGGACUUUGAGCUGAGACCAAAUGUGUUAGACCUGCUCCAGCAUGUGUUCAUCAAACAGACUGUCGGCAGAGAGAAAAUCCUGCAGAAACAACUGAUUGAACUAAUAGAUCUCAAUCAGCAAAUUGGAUUAAUUGAAAAAACAAGCCAUCAUGGAAAGACAGAAAGACGUACAGACAGUAAUGACAGGCAUGAACGUAUCCACACAAAAAAAGGAAGCCAUAUGAAGACGCAAGCUGACACAGACGAGGUGGACGACCUCGCCACCCUUGAAGUCCUAGAUGAGAACACAGUCACUGAGCAGCUCCAGAGUCGCUAUGCCAGAGAUCAGAUUUACACCUAUGUUGGAGACAUACUGAUUGCAGUCAACCCCUUCCAUAAAAUGGAAAUUUAUUCUCCUCAGUACACUAAGAUGUACAUUGGGGCUAAGCGCACGGCCAACCCUCCACACAUCUUUGCAGUGGCGGACGUUGCCUACCAGUCAAUGGUGUCAUACAACACCGAUCAGUGUAUUGUGAUCAGUGGGGAAAGUGGAGCAGGAAAGACGGAGAGCGCUCAUCUGCUGGUGCAGCAGCUUACAGUCCUCGGAAAGGCCAACAAUCGAACGCUCCAAGAGAAAAUCCUGCUGGUCAACAGUCUGGUGGAGGCUUUUGGAAACGCUUGCACCGUUAUUAACGACAACUCCAGCCGCUUUGGGAAGUACUUGGAGAUGAAGUUUACCAAUGGUGGAACAGUGGUCGGAGCGCAGAUCUCAGAGUACCUGCUGGAGAAAUCCAGAGUCAUCCACCAAGCAAUGGGUGAGAAGAACUUCCAUAUUUUCUACUACAUUUAUGCUGGUCUGGCUGACAGGAAGAAGCUUGCCCACUAUAAACUGUCUGACAGCAAGACUCCUAAGUAUCUUUAUACUGAACACAUGAAGUUAGGCCCUGACAUUGUGAGCAAUGCCUUCUACAAGGAGCAGUUUGAUGCAGUGGAGCAGUGUUUCAAAGUCAUAGGAUUCACCCUGGAGGAGCUGGGCAGCGUUUACAGCAUUCUGGCUGCCAUCCUUAACUCAGGAGACAUUGAGUUUUCUGCUGUCGCCUCAGAACACCAAACUGACAAGAGCAACAUCACCAACAUUUCUGUCCUAGAGAACGUGGCAUCCCUACUACGUAUCCGAUCAGACGAGCUCCAGGAAGCCCUGACAUCCCACUGUGUUGUGGCCCGGGGCGAGACCAUCGUCAGGCCCAACACGGUGGAGAAAGCCAUGGAGGUGAGGGACGCAAUGGGAAAGGCUCUCUACGCCCGGCUCUUCAGCUGGAUCGUGAACCGGAUCAACACACUGCUGCGGCCUGACAGUCAACCAGGGGAGGAUGAUAAGGGCCUGAACAUUGGCAUUCUGGAUAUCUUCGGCUUUGAGAACUUCAAGAAGAACUCAUUUGAGCAGCUCUGCAUCAACCUCGCCAAUGAGCAGAUCCAGUUUUACUUCAACCAGCACAUCUUUGCUUGGGAGCAGGAUGAGUACCUGAAUGAAGAGGUUGAUGCUCGGAUGAUUGAGUAUGAAGACAACCGGCCUCUCCUGGACCUGUUCCUGCAGAAGCCGAUGGGGCUGCUGUCCCUGCUGGAUGAGGAGAGCCGCUUCCCACAGGCCACCGACCAAACACUCGUAGAGAAAUUUGAAGAUAAUCUGAAAACAAAAAGCUUCUGGAGACCUAAAAGGGUUGAUCUUGGCUUUGGUAUUCAUCACUAUGCGGGGAAGGUCAUUUACAACGCAUCUGGCUUCUUGGCCAAGAACAGAGAGACGCUCCCAGCUGACAUUAUCCUUCUCCUGAGGUCAUCGGAAAACGAGUUGAUCCGCAAACUGGUCACUCAUCCUCUCACCAUAACGGGUAACCUUGCCCACACUAAGGGUAAAGGCACAAACACAAUGCGAGGCCCGCGGACACCUACACGGACCAUCACCUUGGCCAAGAAAUCAGAGCCUUCUGAUGCCACCUACCACCCAAGGGAAACAACCAACAUGAAGACACAAACUGUGGCCUCGUACUUCAGAUACUCUCUGAUGGACCUCCUAUCCAAGAUGGUGGCGGGGCAGCCUCACUUUGCCCGCUGCAUCAAACCGAACAACGAUCGCCAGGCAAACAAGUUCGACCGGGAGAAGGUUCUGGUCCAGCUGCGAUACACUGGCGUCCUGGAAACUGCCAAAAUCAGACGACAGGGCUACUCUCACCGCAUCUUGUUUGCUAAUUUCAUUAAGAGGUACUACAUCUUGGCCUUUCAUGCUCACGAGGAGCCGGCUGCGACUCCAGAGACGUGCGCUGCAAUACUGGAGAAGGCCAAACUGGAAAAUUGGGCAAUGGGGAAAACUAAGGUGUUCUUGAAAUACUACCACGUCGAACAUCUGAAUCUGAUGGUGCAGCAGGCAACACAAAGGAUCAUCCUUCUUCAGGCUUCUGUCCGAGGCUGGCUGGGAGCCAAACGCUACCAGAGGCUGCUCAAAGAGCGAGAACAUAGUGCUCUAGUGCUCCAGUCAGCUUACAGAGGUCAAAAAGUCCGGAAGAAGGUAGCGGACGAUAAAAGCAAAGCAAAGUUUGAAGCCUUUAUAAUCCAAUUUCAGGCUGUUUGCAAGGGAUUUCUUGCAAGAAAGUCAUACAAGGAGUUGGUAGAUGAGAAGAACAAGGCAGCAACCAAGAUCCAGGCUCGCUACAGGGGGCACAAGGAGCGGAAAAGCUUCCAACGAAAACGGGAAGCCAAAGAGAAGGAGCGAGCAGAGGAGGCUCUUAAAGAAGAGCAGGGACAGGUGCCAGAUCUCACAAAAGAAACUGCUGAUGAAACAGGCUCUAAUAAGGACAACAAUGAGGAGGAAGAAGCAAAAGCAGCAGUGGUUCUUCAGAGUAACUACCGAGGCUACAAAGAGAGAAAAAAGUUCAAAGAGAGGAAAAAGACGCUGGCUGGCAACGAGUUGGAGAUACCAAAUGAGGCUGUGGAUCUGCAACUGGAACCUGAGGCAACCACUGCCAAAGGCAAAGAGGAGAACACAGCUAAUAAUCAGGGGGAGAGCAAUGAAGAAGAGGAUGAGAGCACCUAUGAGGCUGAGGAAAACGAUGAUAGUGAUAACACUCAGGUACCAGAAGAUGAGGAGAACACAGAAGUUAUAGAUGAAGCUGUAAUUCAGGACGCAGACACUGGAAAUGUAGAUGGACAGGAAAAGGCUCCAGGAGAGGAAGCUGUCAAUCUAGAGGAGGAAACCAAAGCAGCCACUGUUAUCCAAAGUAAUUUUAGAGGCCAUAAAGAGAGGAAGAGAUUACAGCAAGAAGGGAAGGUCCCAGCUAAGAAACAGAUAGGAAGCAGCCAGAAAGAGGAGCAGGCAGAACCAACGGAGGCUCUACUUGGAGCAGAUGUUUCUUCCACUGAUGCCAAGCUUGAUGACCCAGAGGAGACUAAGGCAGCUGUAGUGAUUCAAAGUAACUUCCGUGGUCAUAAGGAGAGAAAACGACUCGAGGAGGAAGGAAAAAUUCCCAAGAAAAACAAGAGGGAAUCAAAAAAGGAGGAGAAUGGUGCAAAGAUAGAGGAAUCCCUUCCUGACAACCAAGAGGGCAUUUUACCUGCAAGUCCAGAGGGACCAGAUGAGGAAAAAGCAGCAACGGUCCUACAGAGUAAUUUCAGAGGUCAUCGGGACCGUAAGAAGCUGAAAGCUGAAAAAGAAGCGCAGCAGAAAGUCAGCGAAGGAAGUGCCAGUCCUGACAAUACGGCGCAGAAUACCAAAGAAAGGGAUGAAGCACUGGAUGUUACAGAUGUGGUUAUUGAACGCAAAGAGGAGGGAGACCUUGAAAAAGAAAGACAGGAGGAAGAGCACGCUGCUGUGAAGAUCCAGAGCAACUUCAGAGGGUACAAGGACAGGAAGAACCUUAAGGCCAACAAGGAGGCAGCCAGGAGUGAAGCCGAGCAGCUAGAGAGCUUCUCCAAAGAGAUUGAAAAGACUUCCCAGGACUUUUCAACCCUGCAGCAAAAGCUGAGCGAGAUCAUCCAGGUGCAUCAAUCAAAUUCUGAAAACAAUGUAUUGUUUCUUAGAGGAAAAGCAAUCAAUGGCUACACCCCGCAGAUCCAGUCAGCUGAUAAGAGAUUUUCAAGAACCCCCCGCAGAACGCAACAACCAAAGACCCUGAACACACCGGAGGACUCCACUUAUUACACGCUCAUUCAUAGAUCUGUCCAGGAUGAUAAACGCAAGCCAAGAAAAGAGGAUCCUGGAAAGCUGCUUGAUGUGGAUGACCAAUAUUACCACACCCUGUCCACCAGCAGGUCCGAACCCUGCAUGACCACCGAGAGCACAGCUGUCAGGGGGAAACCGGAGAGGAGACAAUCUGUAGAGAGGAGACAGUCAAUGGAGAGAAGACAGUCCAUGGACAGGAGACGAUCGACCCUUAGGAGUCAUCAUGGGGACAGGCGGACGUCCACAGAGCAAAGAUCGUCAGGUUCUACUCGACAGAUGAGAGAGAGGGCUGUCAGUGAACCCGAGCCUCCAAGACUCACAAAGCAAGACAACAGGCGUUCCAUGCUCAGAAUGUCCUCCACAGAAAGCCGAAGUGGAGAUAAUCCGUAUGAUUUCAGGCACCUGCUGAGGAAGACGUCGCAGAGACGAAGGCUCAUUAAAAAGUACUGAACGGAGAAAAUCCGAUGCAGUCUUUGCAGUGCAUUCCUGCAGAGAUAUUAAAGAUGUUAACGGUAUAUCUCUGUAAUGCUUCCUGCAGAGAGAAUGUUUCAGUGGUUUUUGAAAUGCUCUUGUUCAGCAAUGAAUUGUAAAUAACAAACUUGCAUGUAAUAAAACUACUGUAAAUUAAGAUUUAUUUAUAUUGUCUGUAGUGUAGUCAUUGAAUAAGAAAUUGUAUUGUCUCUUUAAACAUGGAAAGAUAUGAAGCUGUUGUCCAUUUUCCUAAACUUCGCAUUUUGAUUAAUUUUCAAAGAUACUCUUUUGGAAAAUAAACGUCAGAUUGGUCAUGUUAAAGAAAAAGUGUAAUCCUAUUGUAA